AUUCACGCACACACAAUGAAGAUUGAAGGCAACUAGUAAGGCUGAGGCAAAACCACCCUGAAGCCUGAACCCCGCCUUCUCUUCUCAGCACACAGCCGGUGACGGCACCACCCUUUCCCUCUCAGCCCUCUCUCUGUCUCUCACCAGCAUCAGAGUCACCUUGGCCCGCAGAGAAGCUCCUCUGUUCGACUGUUUCUCGGCGACAACUGACGACGAUCCUCAGCGAAGUGCGAUGGCGUUUCUCUACUGCCCCCGGUCGUCUUUUACUUCUCUGCCACCAUCAGUUAGCCACUAGAAGUCACCACCUCUGUUCUGUUAGCCUCGCCACCUCUGCUCUGCUCCCUUUUCCUGUCGUCUUCUUGUAUUCUCUGACCUCUGUUAUCUGAUUAGGGAUUUUGAUUAUUGGAACUUCUAUUGGGGGUGUUGAUUAUUGUUCUAAUUAGUAUUUUGAUUAUUAUUUUGAUUUCUGAUUACCAGUAAUGAUAGUUUCUUUUUUUCUGCAAAAAAUUAAUUAGUAAUGGUAUUUUGGUAUUUUGAUUCUUGUUCUGAUUACCAAUAAAUUGAAUAUUGCUGAAUCUGAAAAAAUUAAUUAGUUAUUUUUAGAAAUUAAAAUUUAAUUAAAAAUUAUAAAACAUUAGAAAAGAUAUUUAUUUUUUAUUAAUAAAAAUUUAAUAUUUAUUGAUUGUUUAUUUUAUAUUUUUAUUUAAGUGAGACGAAUUAAUUGAUUCAACUAGUAAUUUAACGAUUAAAUCAAUGAAUUAAUGACUCGAUAAUCUGACGGAUUAACGUGCAAAUGCCCUCUAUCUCAUUCUCAGAGCGGUGAGUUGAUGACUGUGAUACUGAUCAAUUCGGAGUGGUUGAUCAUUGAUGAUUGAUAAUACCAUAAUACUACCUCGGAGGACAAUCAUGGCAGCCCUUCAACUGAGUCGCUCUAAUGAUGUCACUGUUGUCUUGCUGCUACUUCUGUGCACCAUCAUCACACCCUUCUCUUCCAUUUCAGCUCAACAGCAUGUGAAAGACCCUUCAAUCACAUCAACCAUGGAGCAAUUCUCCGGUUAUGCAAUCCAUGAGCCUCACUCUUCCCUCUCUUCACUCUUAGUUGAUGCUCAGGGUCUCCAGAACCAGAUUGAUGAGCUCUCAGCAUUUUCUGAUUCACCUGCUCCAUCAGUAACAAGGGUCUUGUAUACUGACAAGGAUGUCUUGGCCCGCAGGUAUGUAAAGAACUUGAUGGGACUUGCUGGUCUAUCUGUCAGAGAGGACACUGUCGGUAACAUUUUUGGUCGAUGGGAUGGUAAUGAACCAGAGCUUGCUGCAGUUGCAACAGGUUCACACAUUGAUGCUAUACCUUACUCUGGAAAAUAUGAUGGAGUUGUUGGUGUUUUAGGUGCUAUUGAAGCCAUCAAUGUGCUUAAAAGGUCUGGCUUUAAACCUAAGAGACCACUGGAAAUCAUAUUGUUCACAUCGGAAGAACCAACGCGCUUUGGAAUAGGUUGCUUGGGAAGCCGCUUGUUAUCUGGAAGUGAGAGUCUUGCCAAUGCUCUAAGUAAAGCAACUGAUAGUCAAAACAUAUCCUUCUUAGAUGCUGCAAGAUCAGCUGGUUAUGCGAAAGAUGUUGAUGACUUAUCCAGUGUAUUUCUAAAGAAAGGGACAUAUUCUGCUUUUGUAGAAUUACACAUAGAACAAGGGCCUAUUCUAGAAGCGGAAGGUAUCUCUAUAGGCAUAGUUACUGCAAUUGCAGCUCCAGCGAGUCUUAAGGUUGACUUUGAAGGCAAUGGCGGCCAUGCCGGUGCUGUCCUUAUGCCUAAUAGAAAUGAUGCUGGAUUGGCUGCUGCUGAAUUAGCCCUGGCUGUUGAGAAACAUGUGUUGGAAUCUGGGUCUAUUGAUACAGUUGGCACUGUUGGUAUCUUGGAACUGCACCCUGGAGCCAUCAACAGCAUCCCUAGCAAAGCACACAUCGAAAUUGACACGAGAGACAUUGAUGAGGAACGAAGAAACAAUGUGGUUGAGAAAAUUCACCAAUCAGCGAUUAGAAUAACUGAAACUCGUGGUGUCAAGCUUUCUGAGUUUAGUAUCAUCAAUCAGGAUCCACCAGCCCUUUCUUCUGAGGCAGUCAUCAAGGCCAUGGAAACUGCGACAAGAGAGCUAAACUUGACGAGCAAGUUGAUGAUUAGUAGAGCCUAUCAUGAUUCAUUGUUUAUGGCUAGGGUAUCCCCAAUGGGCAUGAUUUUCAUUCCAUGUUACAAAGGAUACAGCCAUAAGCCUGAAGAGUUUGCAAGCAUUCAAGAUAUGUCAAAUGGAGUAAAAGUAUUAGCACUCACACUUGCUAAAUUGUCCCUUGAGUAAUAUCUUCUGUAGUGAUAUUUAGUAUGUACUCACCAUUGUAGAGCAAGGAUAUGUAAUUUAAUAAUACUGAUUAAAUAAUGUUAAAUUUAGAUGUACCCCAUUACAGUGGUUGAAAAUCCAUCUAAUAUGACCAGUGAGCAUUAAAGAAACA